AUGGAGGCCCUAGUCAAGAAGGGCUACGCGGAAAUAGCGCCACGCGCGUCCCACACCACAAGGACGUGGUACUUGCCGCAUUUCGCAGUCGUAAACGCUCUAAAGCCCGACAAAUUGCGAGUUGUACACGACGCAGCAGCCAAAACAAAAGGUACGACUUUGAAUGAGAAUCUAUUAACAGGGCCGGAUUUGUUACAGCCUCUUCCCGCAGUGUUAUUAAGAUUCCGGGAACAUCCCGUCGCUGUAACAGCGGACAUCACGGAGAUGUUCAUGCAGGUGGGACUACGCGAGGAAGAUCGCGACGCACUGCGCUACCUCUGGCGGGGAAACCGCCGAGAUAGCCGGCCGCCAGAGGUGUACCGAAUGAAGGUAUUAAUCUUUGGCGCAUCGUGCUCUCCUGCGACGGCGAUAUACGUCAUGAAUCGCAACGCGGAGAGACACCGACACACGCAUCCUGAGGCUGUCGAGGCGAUCAAGAAGAAACACUACAUGGACGACUACCUCGACAGCUAUGAAGAUGAACACAGGGCGAUAACAAUCGCUACUCAGGUGCGUAACAUACACAGAGAAGCUCACUUUGAAUUAAGGAAGUGGACGAGUAACUCGCCCGCGGUGUUGAAGGCGCUCGGCGAAUCGCCCAAUGCAACCGAAGCGGUGGAAAUAGAAAGGACUGAACGAGUCCUAGGCCUUAUUUGGAGGCCGCAAGAAGACAGGUUGGCGUUCAACCUAGACUUGGCCCGGUUGGUGUCGCCGAUAACUGUGCGGGCUAAACAGCUAUUACAGGAGGUGUGGCGACGCGGCACCGAUUGGGACGACCCGAUCGACGACGAACUGUCCGCCGCCUGGGUGAACUGGCUCACCCAUUUGAAGCAACUCAGCGGCGUAACAGUGCCGCGCUGCUAUCCCGGCUACUCCCGAGCGAGAAAACUCCAACUCCACGUGUUCACCGACGCCAGCGAGUCAGCCUACGCGACCGCGCUCUACUGGCGCGCCGAGGACGACGACGGACGAGUCACAGUCACGUUACUGGCGGCCAAGGCAAAGGUAGCUCCACUCAAAUUAACCUCCAUACCACGGCUUGAACUACAGGCAGCUGUACUCGGCGCACGGAUGGCUGCGAGUGUGACACAGGAGCACUCCAGGCAGCCAGAAUCCACGACCUACUGGACCGACAGCAAGACAACACUGUGCUGGAUCAGGACGGGAGCCAGGUCGUACAAGCCCUACGUAGCGCAUCGAAUCGCCGCGAUAGAAGAACACACACAGGCGAAUCAAUGGAGAUGGGUGCCUACACGCUACAACGUUGCCGACGACGCUACGCGCGACGUUCCCGACAACUUCACGCGGGAACACAGGUGGUUCAACGGACCAGAGUUCCUCCGCGACCCGCCCGAACUAUGGCCUGCGGAGGAAACACAGCUGAGCACCGACACGGGUGAGGAAAGAGUGAACACUAUUACAGAGCGUCGGGAGAAACAGUACAAGGAAGUCCUGCCCGACGUGAAUCGAUUCUCAAAUUGGAAUCGCUACGUUAGAGCUGCCGCCCGCGUACUACAAGCAGUACAACACUUCAAACAACGCGUCAACACGGUCCAUUACAAGAGGACCAAGGCGGCCGCAAGCGAGAAUCCGGAUUGA